AUAGUAAAAAAAUUAUAGUCCACCAAAAUACAACUCAACCACGCGUUAAAUAUUAGGGAGUACCAAAAAUCAAGGAAUAAUAACUCGCCCCGGCCCACCCGAUUCUUUGCGUUGAACCCACCUUUCCACUUUCCCAUCCGCUUUCCGCCAUUUUUAUUCUACAGCUUCGCCUCACCCUAUAAAUACUCCCUUCCACCCACAAUCCUAAAUUCAUCUCCAUUGAUGUCUUCAACGUAUUACACCUUUUCCUGAUUCCCAGUGAGAUGUCCUCUUCCUCAAAGAUCUCACGUUCCUCACUUGUCUUCUAUUGCUUUUGGUCUUCAUUCUCAUUUCCUGAUUCCCAGUGAGAUGUUCUCUUCCUCUAAUUGGUCUCAGUAAUCUAAUCAUUCCCCUCUUUUGAUUUUGAAUAUAUCUAGUUAUAACUAUACAAUUUUGUUUUUGAUUUUUGAAAAUCUUUUUGUGUUAAUAAGUGUCAAAAAAAAUGGGUGUUAAGGGAUUUGUUGAGGGUGGAAUUGCUUCCAUUGUUGCGGGUAGUACUACUCAUCCUUUGGAUCUUAUUAAGGUCCGAAUGCAACUCCAAGGUGAAUCCGCACCCGUGGCUGGAUCCCUCCGUCCAUCUCUUGCUACUCACCCAUCUGGGACUCACACGAUUUCUCUGCCCCCUCCUCGCGUCGGAAUCAUCGGUGUUGGGACGCGGAUCAUCAAACAAGAAGGAAUCCCAGCGUUGUUUUCCGGUGUUUCCGCAACCGUUCUCCGUCAAUGUCUCUAUUCAACAACCAGAAUGGGUCUAUACGAUAUUAUGAAAACCAAGUGGACCGACCCGAAUUCUGGUUCCCUUCCAUUGGGCCGAAAAAUAUCCGCGGGUUUAAUCGCUGGAGCAAUCGGAGCAGCUGUCGGAAACCCAGCUGACGUGGCAAUGGUUCGUAUGCAGGCAGAUGGAAGACUCCCAAUCAGCGAACGACGAAACUACAAAAGCGUAUUGGAUGCAAUUCAAAGAAUGGUUAAAGACGAAGGAAUUACUUCUCUGUGGCGCGGGUCUAGUCUUACCGUGAACCGCGCCAUGUUAGUGACAGCAUCACAGUUAGCAUCAUAUGAUCAAUUCAAGGAGAUGAUACUAAAUAAUGGCGUGAUGAAAGACGGGUUAGGAACCCAUGUAACGGCUAGUUUUGCGGCGGGAUUUGUGGCGGCGGUUGUUUCAAACCCAGUUGAUGUGAUUAAAACAAGGGUGAUGAACAUGAAAGUUGGAAGUGGCGAAACGCCGCCGUAUAAAGGGGCCAUUGAUUGUGCAUUAAAGACCGUUAAAGCUGAAGGGCCAAUGGCUUUAUACAAAGGAUUUAUUCCUACAAUUUCAAGGCAAGGUCCAUUUACUGUGGUGCUUUUUGUAACAUUGGAACAAGUCAGAAAAGUUUUAAAAGAUUUUUAAUUUUUAUUUAUAAAAAAUUUUAAAAGUAUGAUGAUGAAGAAAAAUACUUCCUUCCUUCUAUUUUUUAGUAGCACCCAAGUCCAUUUUGGCACUUUUUUUUUCAUAUUGCGGCUAGUAUACGAGAAAAAAAUAUUUAUGUGGGAUUUUGUUUUAUUCGUUUUAAUCAUUUCGACGUAUAUUUUCAUAAUACCAAAUUUUUAUAAUUUUUAGCUGUGUAUAACUCAAAAUAAAGUCAAUUGAAAAAAUUAUAAAAAUAUAUUUUGGUGCAACUAAAAAAACGAGGAAGUAGUAUUUUCCAUUAAUGGAUUAUUUUUGAUGGGGUUAAGAAUUGUAACACAGCUGUCGUAUGUUGGGUGGAUUAUAUCGUAGCGCGUGCAUGUAAUUUUGUGUCAUUCUUGACAUGUUUUGUAUUGGAGUUGAUUUUGUUGGAA